AUGGAUAAUUUGAUGCAAGCAGUUAAAAGGAAAGUUAGUCAACAGAUGAAUGAAGCUCUUUUGGCACCUUUUAGCAAAGAGGAAAUUGAGAAUGUUGUUUUUCAAAUGGGACCACACAAAGCACCAGGACCAGAUGAGUAUGGAGCUUGUUUUUACCAAAAAUACUGGUCUGUGAUAGGGGAAGAGGCUUCAGGACAAAGGCUUAAUAGAAACAAGACUUCUUUAUAUUUCAGCAACAACAUGAAGCAAGCAACACAGAAUCAUUUGUUACAAGUUGCUGGUUUGCGAACCUCAUCAAACAUGGAGAAAUAUUUGGGGUUGCCAUCAGUCAUUGGAAGAUCAAAAUCAACUGCAUUUCAAGGAAUAAUUGAAAAAGUGAGUAAAAGAAUGGAAAAUUGGAAGGUUAAGUUCCUCUCAAAAGCUGGAAAAGAUAUUUUAAUUAAGGCUGUUGUCCAGGCUAUACCUACGUAUAGUAUGAGUGUGUUUCUUCUUCUAAAAACUUUGUGUAAGAAGCUGAAUUCUUUGAUUUCUUCUUUUUGGUGGGGCACUCAGGACAAAGGAGCAAAAAUUCAUUGGAAAGGUUGGAACUGUUUGAGUAAAAAUAAAGCAAGUGUGAGACUUGGUUUUAGGGACUUGGUGGCUUUCAAUAGUGCUCUACUAGCCAAACAAGUUUGGAGAAUUCCAAGUAAUCCAACAACUUUAGUAGCAAGAAUUCUUAAAGCUGUAUAUUUCUCACACAAAUCUAUUCUGGAGGCAACAGUUGGAUUUAGACCUUCUUAUACAUGGAGAAGCCUCAGUUCAGCAAUUAUUCUUGUUAAAGAUGGCACGAUUUGGAGAAUUUCUAAUGGGGAAGAUGUAAUGAUAUGGCAAGACAAGUGGAUUCCUACUACUGAAUCUGGUUAUCUAAGGUCUCCAGUGAAAUCUUUGUCAAUAAAUGCAAAAGUGUCUGAGCUCAUUGAUCCAGGUACAAAGUGGUGGAAUUUACAAAUGCUCAAGAAUAUUUUCUGGGAAGAGGAUGUGCAACAGAUUGUAAGGAUUCCUAUAGCACAGACUAACAUUUCAAGAGAUAAAAGGGUAGAAGAAACUUCAGCUCAUGUUCUAUGGGAUUACCCUUCUGCACAGGAUGUGUGGAUGUUUGGAAGUAAGAAGUUUCAGAAAGCUGCAUUUACUCAUAAAGAAGAAAGAGGAAACAGACUUGGAGUUGGGAUAGCAGUUAGAGACUUGGAGGGACAUAUUCUGGCUUCAUACAUGCAACCACUACAUUUUUGCUCACAAGCUGAAAUAGCAGAAGCCAGAGGGUUAAUUUCAGCUGUCAAGUUGUGUAAGGAGCUGAGUCUGCAAAGAGUAAUCUUUGAAGGGGAUUCAUUGCAGGUUGUUAAUGCUGUGAAACAAAAUGCUCAGAGUUAUGGUAUGCUGCAAUGUCUCGUGAAUGAUGUAUAUUUGAUCUUGGCUGGUAUUACUUGGAAGAUUUCACAUGUUAAAAGGGAUGCAAAUCAAGUGGCUCAUUUGCUAGCACAGAAAGCUCUUCUGUAG